UACCAAAGUGCGAGCAGUAAAGCAGACGAAGACGCCAAGAGAGCUGCCGAAGAAGAGGAGGAGAAAAAGCCCGACAGAUUGGCUCUUCUUCUCGCGGAAUCCAAGUUCUCGUGCGGAGACAAAAAGGACGGAUACUAUGCCGACGAAAGUGUCGGGUGUCAGGUGUUUCACUACUGUGUGGCCGGCGCUAAACACAGCUGGCAGUGUCCCGAGAAUACGGUCUUCCAUCAGAUCCACUUGAAUUGUGUG